AUGUCUGAACUGCCGGAAGAUAUCCAGAAGGUCGUGAUGCCUAAUCGUUGGCAUAGAACAUGGGCUCAUACGUUCCAAUGCUUACCCCAGUUUUACUUGCAGCCUGACAACAUUGAUCAGAUUGUAUCCAUUGUGAACCAUGCUAGGAAGUCUCGCAAGUCCAUUAUGACCGUUGGAUCGGGUCAUUCUCCCUCUGAUAUAACUAUGACUCGUGAUUAUCUCGUCAACUUAGACAAUUUUAACGAAAUCAUCUCGGAGAAUCGUUCUGCUGAUGGUAAAUACACCGAUUUAACCGUCGAAGCAGGUAUCAGAGUCUAUCAACUUAAUGAUCUAUUGGCCAAGAAGCACUUGGCUAUUCAGAACUUGGGUUCCAUUAGUGAGCAGUCCAUUGCCGGUAUCAUUUCUACGGGUACCCACGGCUCUUCGCCUUAUCAUGGACUCGUUUCGCAACAGAUUGUUGAUAUUACGCUUGUUGAUGGAAUGGGUAAGCUUGUCAAAUGUUCCCCCAGCGAAAAUCCGACGUUGUUUCGAGCAGCAAUGCUUUCGUUAGGUAAAAUAGGUCUAAUUGUUUACGUUACCAUCAGAACUGUGCCCAGAUACCAGAUCAAAUCACGCCAAGAAGUGAUUACUUUCGAUACUCUACUUGAUCAGUUUGAAAAAAUCUGGACUAGCGAUGAAUUUGUCCGUGUUUGGUGGUUUCCUUACACAGAGAGAUGUAUUUUGUGGCGAGCAUCGAAGACCACGGAGCCAAUUUCCAAACCUAGACCUUCAUGGUAUGGCUCGACAACUGGUCGACUAUUCUAUCAGACACUCCUAUGGAUCUCUGUUCACUUGUUCCCUCGGUUAACACCAUACGUUGAGAGAUUCGUCUUUUCUAGACAGUACGGUACUUCAGAAACCUACGGGCACGGAGAUAUAGCCGUCCAGGAAUCGGUAGAAGGCUUAAAUAUGGACUGCUUAUUCUCUCAGUAUGUGAACGAAUGGGCAGCACCACUUACAAAUGGACCAGAAAUCAUCCGGUCUCUUAGAAAAUCGAUUGAAGAGGGAAGGAAGACGGGGGACUUCUUUGUUCAUUCUCCGGUCGAAGUCAGAUGUUCCAAUACUACAUGUUCCAACUCGGUGGAACCCCAGAACUUGAGCCAUAGAACAACUACUUCUGCCGGUCCUAUCUAUGGUAAUCAACUCAGACCACUUCUUGACAACACACCCAAAUUGAAGUGGUGUCCUCAAGACAAGAUAACUAACAGCCAACUCACCUUAUAUAUCAACGCCACCAUGUAUAGACCAUUCAACACGAAAUCACCUAUAAGAAGGUGGUUUACAGUGUUUGAGGAAACUUUGGAAGCUGCUGGAGGUAAACCUCACUGGGCAAAGAACUUUAUUGGUUCUUCUGAGGCAGAAGAGGCCGCUAAGAGAGACGCCAAGCUCAACGGAUCCAAUAUACAGGAUUCUCAAAUGGUUGGAUUCAAAACCAAGAUGAAUAAGUGGUACGGCAAUGAUCUUGAGACGUACCAGAGAAUUAGAAGGGAGGUUGAUCCAGAUGGUGUGUUUCUAAGUGGAAUCCCUUGGGCCAGAAGAAAUGGUAUAGUGGACGAAGAAGAAAUAGAGAGGGUCGAAAAGUGGAGGGCUGACAAGAGUGACAAAGACGAGGUCGAUGACGACGAUGAAGAUGACGAUGGAGAAACUCAGGAUUAG